ACACCCCGGACUCGCGCUAGCCUGCUUUUUCCCUCUGUGCCGUCCUCUCUGGGCUGGCUCCCCUGGCAGGCUCUCUCUCUCUCUCUCUCUCUCUCACACACACACACACACAUACACGCUUCCGUGGUGUUCUGGGUUCGCUGUGGCUUUGGCCCUUCCUUCCGACUGACCUGCCUAAGUAAACUAGCCGGGUCCCGACCGUCCGACUUUCCUCCUUCCCUCGCCCGUCCGUCUCCCUGCUUCCUUCUCCACACCAAUCUGCCCGUCUGUUCCAUCCUAUCCGUUCAUCGUUACCCACACUUUGUCGAUUCACCACCUCGAACUCGCUUGCCGCUUGUCAGUCAAAUGGUCGCCGGCCCAUUUCGACCUCACUUCCCCACGACAUCUGAGAGAACCGCCCUCUUGUAGCACCACGAUCACCUUCUGGACUGACUUCGUCCACCGUCCCAUUCACCAUGGCGAUAGCCAUGGGCUGGCAGAAGCCCGACAAUGUCGCCGGCUCGUCGGCCCCGGCUAUCAUGGUCGGCCUGUUCGUCGCCUCGGGCGGAUUGCUCUUUGGCUACGACACUGGAACAAUCAACGGCAUCAUCUCCAUGACUGCUUUCCGACGAGACUUCACGACCGGCUACACCGAGAACGGCCUGCCCACCAUUUCGCCCGCCGAAUCUUCUAUCAUCGUUGCGAUCCUGAGCGCCGGUACCGUACUCGGCGCCCUUUUGGCCGCGCCCAUCGGUGAUACCUGGGGCCGUCGCAUCUCGCUUAUCCUGUCCGUCGGCGUCUUCAGCUUUGGCGGCAUUUUCCAAGUCUGCGCGCACGAUAUCCCAAUGCUCUUAGUUGGAAGGUUUUUUGCUGGCGUCGGAGUUGGUUCCAUCUCGGUGCUCGUGCCCGUCUACCAGUCAGAAAUGGCCCCGAAGUGGAUUCGAGGUACUCUCGUAUGUGCCUAUCAGCUUUCCAUCACGAUAGGUCUAUUGUCUGCAUCCUUUGUCAACAUCUUGACCGAGAAGUUGGAUACCGCCGCCGCAUACCGGGUACCACUCGGCCUUCAGCUAGUGUGGGCUGUCGUUCUCUCCAUCGGCCUUCUCAUUCUUCCCGAGACACCACGCUUUCUCGUCAAGCAGGGCAAGCCGGAGGCAGCAGGUCUUUCCCUCAGUCGCCUUCGGCGUCUCGACAUUACGCACCCCGCUCUGCUCGAAGAGCUUCAGGAAAUUGUUGCCAACCACGAAUAUGAACUCACGCUUGGCCCAGACUCCUACAAGGAAAUCUUUUAUGGGUCUCCCCAUCUCGGCCGACGAACUCUUACGGGUUGCUGCCUGCAGAUGCUGCAGCAACUCACAGGUAUCAACUUCAUCAUGUACUACAGCACAUCCUUCUUCGAUGGCGCCAAGGUCGAGAACCCUUAUCUUAAGGCCCUCAUUAUUAACAUCAUCAAUGUCGUUUCGACUGUCCCGGGUCUCCUCGUCAUUGAAUCCUGGGGUCGGCGCAAGCUUCUCAUGGUCGGCGCCAUGGGCAUGGCGGUUUGCCAGCUUCUCAUUGCCUCCUUUACCACGGCAGCCGGAGAGAACCUGCAGCAGGCCGCCCAGACGAUACUCAUCGUCUUCUGCGCCGUCAACAUAUUCUUCUUCGCAGCAUCAUGGGGACCCGUGUGCUGGGUCAUCACGUCCGAGAUAUAUCCUCUGAAGGUCCGUGCCAAGGCCAACUCGAUAUCAACCGCCUCGAACUGGCUGCUGAACUUCGGCAUCGCAUAUGGCACACCGUUCAUGGUUGGACAAGGGGCCGGUUCGGCCGAUAUCGGCCCCAAAAUCUUCUUCCUCUGGGGUGCCUUUUGUAUAUUGGCUGUUCUUUUUGUGUGGUGCAUGGUCUUCGAGACCAGUAAGAUCAGUCUGGAGCAGAUUGACGAAAUGUACGAACGUGUCGACUACGCCUGGAACAGCACCAGGUUCGAACCAAGUUGGAGUUUCCAACAAAUACUAGACGAGGGCUGGUCACCAAGCGGUCAACCUCCUCCAGAACAUGAACUGCAGCAGACGCAGACCAACUCAACCACGCAAACCACACAAUCAUCACAAACAAACUCGAAUUCGGCAACAUCGACAAACACGGGCGCUACCGAGAACUCGACUUCAGCAGAAGCGAAGAUGCUGUCCCAAAUGGGCAAUGUGGACUUCAGCUAUUGAUCAUUAUACCCAUCAUCUACUUUAAAUGUGCUGUUUACCAUUACCACUCUUCUUCUUUCAUUGAUUUUUCUUUGUUUUCCUGUUCCGAAUCAUAUCCCGGAUAGCAGCGUUGGAGUUUAUGAUGAACGGAGUUUAUGGGGGGGGGGUUACUGCUUAUAACCACUGACGGGCGGUUGGUUUUUGGUUUUUUUUUGGGGGGGGGGAGUGUCAUACUAGUUGAAAUGGGAAAUGCCACCACAUCGCAGCGGUCACUUGGACAAGGAAGAAAGAAAUCACGGUCGACAUUGGCGACAAAAUCCAGUGUCUUAACGACGGAGUCACCGUUUUUGGCGCAAAGGAGCCGAUGAUUUACCAAAAACUACCUCUUCGGGCUUAAACACCUAACAGAAGACGGUGGGGAAAAGGCAGCUUUAGCCAACUGAGAAGAUGGGAAGGGGGCGUAGUAGCCCCGUUGUCAUCUACGAAUUUGACUCAACUUAGUCCAGC